CAUAUUUUGAUGACGUUUAUAGCAUUUCCGUAUCUUGUAAACAAAUAGUUUGUCGUGACAGGUUCAAAACUUUAUUCCUUACCCCAAAGUUUUGAAAAUGUCCCAGCAAGGCGCUGCUCUUCAGAGCUAUAAUAACGAAUUAGUAAAAUGCAUUAAUGACCUUUGUGCAAAGAGGGAUGAAGUCCACAAGCAGAUUCUUCAAGAAGAAGAGGAGAAACAAAAACUGCAAAAUGACAUUCGAAUCCUGACAGAGCGCCUGGCAAAGGUCAAUGAGAGCCUCAGUAAAAAGAUGGCUUCAAGAAAUGAGUUCGACAAAACCAUCGCUGAAACUGAGGGUGCAUACAUGAAGAUACUGGAAAGUUCACAGACCCUUUUGAACGUAUUAAAGAGAGAGUCACAGAGUUUAAGAGAAAAGUCUACAGCGAAGUCUAGUGCAGCACCAAUGUCCUGAUGUAUAAAUCGUGCUUCUAAUCCUGCCCCUUUCACUGAUAUCACUUGUUGAUGUUGAUGAUGUAAAACCUCCUUCACAGAAACUAAAACCCUGCAGUCUUUAUUUAUUAAUGUAUUACAGGCAUUUGGCUGAAAUUGAUGCCAUAUUAUAGCAUUUCUUAUAUGACAAAGUUAUUGCAUUGUGUUUGAAUUGUUAUGCCCCUGAAGGUGCGCAUAUAGUGAUUGCACUGUCUGUCUGUCUGUCACACUUUAAAAAAAAAUGCUCAUAACUUCUUUGUCGCUUCAGAUAUAACCUUCAUAUUUGGUAUGCAUGUGGACAAGGCCUUACCAUACGCAUAAAAAUUUUUACCCCUUUGACCUUGAUCUUAAACUUAGGGUCCGCGUUUAGGUUUCGAAAUCUGCUUUUCGCUUCAGAUGUAACCUUCAUAUUUGGUAUACAUGUGUAUAUGGACAAGGCCUUUCCAUACGCACACAAAUUUUGACCCCCUUGACCUUGAACUUAGGGUCUGCGUUUAGGUUUCAAAAUCUACGUUUAGAUUUCAAAAAUGCUCAUGACUUCUAUGUCGCUUCAGAUGUAACCUUCAUAUUUGGUAUUCAUGUGUAUAUGGACAAGACCUUUCAAUAACCAAAAAAAAUUUUGACCCCUGUGACCUUAACCCUUGGGCCUGUGUUUAGGUUUUGAAAUCAGCGUUUAGGUUUUGAAAAAUGCUAAUAUAACUCUGUGUCUCUUGAAGUAUAACCUUCACAUUUGGUAUGCAUGUGUAUUUGGAAAACACCUUUCCAAACACACACAAAUAUUGACCCCUGUGGCCAUGACCUUGAAGUUAUUGUCAGAAUUUAGGUUUCAAAAAUUGGUUCUGUUAUUUAGCUGUCUUUCACAACUAUGAAGGUGUUUUUCGGGGGCAUAUGUCAUCCUAUGGAGAUAGCUCUUGUUUCUUAUUUUUUCCUUAUAAUUGAAAUAAUUAUAAAUCAUUUGGUAGUUCUUGUAUAUGGUAUGUUGAGGAUAAAUGCUUCAAUGUUGUGCCUAUAUUUUUUACACGUUUCCUGUAUGGUUUAUAAUAGUAAACAUCAAGAUCUGCGAAAUUCCUCAACAAUAUUGGGUAGAUCUAUAGUAUCAAAUAGCAUGAGAUCUUAAACAUCUGCAAUUAUAGAUGGUCAUAUUGUAUUAAAUGAGUGUUUAGACUGUAUGGUUCAGUUAUACUCAUAAUAAUUGUGAUAUUUUGUAUCAUUCAUUUGUUCUGUUUUUUAUUUGUACACAUGAGAUAGAGGUUAUGUUUGAUGUUGGUGAAAUUACCCAGUUGGCAGAAAUGUAUAACAAAGCCAUGGGGUUGUUAGUCCAAUUGUUUGCAGCACGGAGUGUAUAUUGAUUGUAAUCUAGAGUCCGUGUUUGCAGUAAAUCUAAGGAUUAAUCAUAAUUGUGCUUUUGUGUACCACUACACAUACAAACCCUCAUGAACAGUUAUAUACUGGUGAAUCGAACAGUUUGUUGUUAUUUCUUUAAAAAAAAACAGAACUAGUUUUUGUGACAGAAAUAUUUCAUUUAAAAAUAUUGCACUUGAAAUUUUCAGAUUUACUUUUCAUGCCUCGGUGGCAUAUAGCAGUUGAACUGUCAGUCUGUGCGUCCGUCCGAAAACUUUAACAUUGGCCAUAACUUUUGCAAUUUUGAAGAUAGCAACUUGAUAUUUGGCAUGCAUGUGUAUCUCAUGGAGCUGCACAUUUUGAGUGGUGAAGGGUCAAGGUCAAAGGUAAAAUAACAACAUCCAAGGGAAGUAACAAGCUUUAAAGGGAGAUAAUUUCUAUUUAUCAUUUUGCAGGUACAGAUCAUUUUCACAAUGGAAGUAAUAUUUUUAAAGGGAUGUAAUGAAAAAAAAUAUAUAUUCAAAGUGGCGCAGUAGGGAGCAUUGUGUGUCUGACAAACACAUCUCAUAUUUUAUUAUUCUUUAGAGAUUAUCAAAGGUAUAUGAUUGUUCAGAAAUUAUACAAAACUAGCCAUGCAUUUAUAGUAUAUUGAUAUGUUGAACGUUAAUAAAAAGAUUGAAUAAGCCUGAAAUAAGCAACAGUCAGUUACAUGUUAAAAGCAUAUGAAAAUUUAAUUUAAAACAAAUUCAAGGGUUCAUCUUGUAACGGUUGUAUCUGCUUCACAUUUCAAUGUAAGAUACAAUAGUUUCGUGUUAAGCCUGGAUUUGUGAAAAGUAAUAAAACGUUGAGUUUACAAACAUAAAUGAUGUGUUAUUGGUAUGCUGUUUUAUUUGAUUGGAUACCCUAUUUCACACCCCUUUUUUGUUUCACCAAUAUUUGUAAAUAUUGCCGUUUGUAUACAAUGUUUUGUAGAAAUAAAGGUGUUUACAAACAA